AUGUACGCUUCAUCAUAUUUCGCUUCACCAGAAUUUCUGGUCCUGGCAACCCACCUUGUCACUUGCUUCGAAAUCCCGACGUGCAUCUAUGGAGCCUAUUGUAUUCAGUCCAAGACACCGGAAAAGAUGAAAUCAGUGAAAUGGCUCAUGUUAAACAUUCACUUUUGGAGCACCGUAUCUGAUCUCACAAUUUGCUUAAUAGGUGUACCAUAUCUACACUUGCCAUGUAUUGCUGUGCAUGUGCUCGGGUUUUUCGAUGCUCCUGGUGAAUUGCUAUAUGUCCUGGUGACAUUUUUAGGGGCCCUUGGAGUUUCGAUUAUCAUAAUUUACGAAAACCGAUUCUACACUAUCAUCGGCCCAGACUCUAUCUGGCAUUACAUUAGAAAAGUCUACCUACCACUGAUGUACAUAUUCCCGCUCACCUUCACACUGCCAAUCUGGGCAGUUAUGCCAAUACAGGAAAACGCACGCCCAUGCGAUGAGGCUUUACAACUGGAAAAUAUUCAAAUGGAAUCGAAAAAAAUAUUCAUUAUAUCCGUCGAUCCAAUAAUUUCAGUCACUUGGGGUGUGACUAAUUGUAUACUCAUCGUUACACCUAUCAUAACAUUUUUCACUUUAACAUUCUUCCAACUACUCGAAAACCAAAAAACACACAAAUAUUCCUAUCAAACAAUUCAACUCCAGAAGACUUUUCUAUUGUCUAUGUCAAUACAAUUCGGCUCUUUUUUUGUCAUCAUAUUUAUUCCGGUGCUUCUUUUGCACGGCUCGGUCAUUUUUUGGUAUCAUGAUCAAGUUCUCAACAACUUUAUCACAAUCAUGUUUUCAUCAUUUGGAACUGGAUCCACCGUAGUGAUGAUUGUGGUGUACAAACCGUACAGGCGGUUUACGUUUUCUGUUUUCUUCGGGAACAAGCAGAAAGUGAGCCGGAGAGAGAGAAUAGUUGCUAAUAUGUAG